UCAAAAGCGCCAUAACUUGGGGCGCCUCACGCGGAUAGAGCGCCCCCAAGAGUCUACCGGCAUUCAAGAGUUACCGUACCGACCGCGCAGCCCCCACCGUAAAUAAACGUUAGUUUGACCGGUGAGCAAGCGGGCAAGAAUUGUGAUGGCAAAGGGUGAGAAAAAAGGUAAGCCGGCAACCAAGAGAUUGAAGACUGCAGAUGAGGGUUCAUCAUCAUCGUCAUCAUCACUGGCAACAUCUCCUCCAUCUAAGAAACUGAAAACUGAAAAUGGAACAUCAGAUGAUUCAGAGCAAGAGUUUCAACAGGUGAAAUCUGCCCCCUCUGAAGCUCAGGGCAUCAUGGAGAAACUUGCGGCUCUCCGUCUGCGUACAGCAGCUUCAGUGGCAGCUUUCAAGUUCAACAAGAAGCGGGUGCGAGUUUUGUCGCAAGUCAAGGACGUACCGGAGGGCUGUCACGGGAUCGUUUAUUGGAUGUCCAGAGAUCAACGAGUGCAAGAUAAUUGGAGUAUGUUGUAUGCCCAGCGCCUUGCCAUGAAGCUGGCAGUACCGCUCCGUGUCUGCUUCUGUCUACAGCCCAGGUUCCUAGAUGCAACUAUUCGCCAUUUUGCUUUCAUGUUGAAGGGACUUGCCGAAGUUGAGCAGGAACUUAAAGAGCUGGACAUACCGUUCCAUCUUCUGAUUGGUGAAGCCAAGGAUGUGCUGCCUAACUUUGUGAAAGAUCACAACAUUGGCGGCCUGGUAACGGACUUCUCCCCACUCAGGGUUCCGUCAAAGUGGGUCAAGGAAGCCACGGAGAGUUUGCCAGACAUUCCCGUGUGCCAGGUAGACACGCACAACAUCGUACCGUGCUGGGAGGCCUCGCCCAAACUUGAGUACGGAGCCCGCACCAUCAGACCAAAGAUAACUAAACUACUGCCAACAUUCUUGACGGAAUUUCCUCCCGUUGUCAAACAUCCACACCAAGCGAAACCAAUGCCUAAGCCAGUGGACUGGGAUGCUGCCGAUUGCUCCCUUGACGUCGACCGUACCGUCGGAGAAGUAUCGUGGGCCAAACCAGGCACGACAGCAGGCUUGCUAAUGCUGGAAGAGUUCUGCCUCAAACGACUCAAGUACUUCGGGGCGGACAGAAACAACCCCAACAAGUCUGCGCUCAGUAACCUCUCCCCGUGGAUUCACUUUGGUCAGAUAUCAGCCCAACGUGCCGCUCUGGUCGUGCGUGGCUAUCGCAGCAAGUACAGUAAGUCGGUGGAAGGGUAUAUCGAGGAGAGCGUGGUUCGACGCGAGCUGUCCGACAAUUUCUGCUUCUACAAUGAGAACUAUGACUCAAUCCAAGGAACCAAUGACUGGGCCAAGCAAACACUGAAGGUGCAUGCUAAAGACAAGAGGGAGUACGUCUACAGCAAGGAACGGCUUGAAAAGGCCAGGACCCAUGACGACCUGUGGAAUGCUGCACAGGUUCAGCUUGUCAAAGAAGCCAAGAUGCACGGCUUCUUGAGGAUGUACUGGGCCAAGAAGAUCUUGGAGUGGACCCCGUCCCCGGAGGAAGCACUGGAGAUUGCCAUCUACCUCAACGACAAGUACAGCCUGGAUGGCCGAGACCCCAAUGGCUACGUGGGUUGCAUGUGGUCCAUUUGCGGCAUUCAUGACCAGGGCUGGGCAGAGAGGCCCGUCUUUGGCAAGAUCCGCUACAUGAACUACAACGGCUGCAAGCGCAAGUUUGACGUUGCCCAGUUCGUACGCAAGUACAAGCAAAAGUUGUGAUGCGCCCUCUACAAAGAAACGCCAACAGUCCUCAGGAAUAUGCUUCGAACUUGUGCUUCCAUCUAGCAGCUUGUACACAAUUAAUGGCUCUACAUACUUGGUUCUUGGUU